AUGCCCACUCCAUACUUGUUACUCUUCUUCCUUGGUCUGGUGGUUCUCACCACUCCUUCCAUUGCCGAUCACAACCGUGAUGUGGCAGUGGAUGAGGAGGAGCAACCAUCACCUGUUGACCUGUCUGCUUUUGUGCAGAUGGAAUCAACAGAGGAAGAAGUAGAACCUAAGCACAAGGUAGAAGCACACCAACACACGCUCCUGGUCACCAUCGCCAUCCCCACCACCAUCGCCACCCCUACCACCCCCACCCACCACCACCACCUGAGAAAACAUCACAACCACCAGGCACCAAAGAGAGCUCCAAUAUCACCACCAAAGGAAGAAGCGGAAAUAAUGGAGGAAGCACCUAAGCACAAGCGCAAACACAAUCACCCCCCAACACCACCACAACCAGACGCACCUCCGACGACUCGGAAGCCGCCGCCAGGGCCACCAACACCACCAGCACCACUAACACCAGCAACAACAAUGGAAAAUGAAAUGGAGGAGCCACCCAGGUUCAGGGGUAAGCCACUAUCACCGCCGCCACCCCCACCAUCACCAGCACCAAGUCCAAAAUCUUCGCCGAAGCGGAAUCCUCCUAGGAAGACUCCGCCAACACCACCACCUCCAACAGAAGCGCCAAGCCCAAAAUCUCCGCCGAAACAGAAGCCACCUAGGAAGGCUCAGCCUCCGCCACCUCCUGCGCCUGUCACUAGUUAUGAUGAGUGA